GCCCCCCCCCAUGGACAUGCUGGAUCCGGGUCUGGACCCCGCAGCCUCGGCCACCGCCGCCGCCGCCGCCGCCGCCGCCGCCGCCAGCCACGAGAAAGGACCGGAGGCGGAGGAGGGAGUGGAGCUGCAGGAAGCCGGGGAAGGCCCCGGGCCUGAGGAGCAGACGGCAGUGGCCAUCGCCAGCGUCCAGCAGACCGCGUUCGCCGACCACAACAUCCAGUACCAGUUUCGCACAGAGAACAAUGGCGGUCAGGUGACGUAUCGCGUGGUCCAGGUGACGGACGGUCAGCUGGACGGGCAGGGGGAUGCCACGGGGGCGGUCAGCGUGGUCUCCACGGCGGCAUUUACCGGGGGGCAGCAGGCCGUGGCUCAGGCCGUGAUACAGAAUCCGUUCAGCAAUGGGGGCAGUCCAGCGGCUGAGGCGGUCAGUGGAGAGACCAGGUUUGCCUACUUCCCGGCGUCCGGCGUGGCUGACGCCACGGCCGUGUCGGUGCAGACCACGGACCAGAACCUGCAGGCCGGAGGUCAGUUCUACGUGAUGAUGACGCCGCAAGACGUCCUGCAGACGGGGACGCAGCGCACCAUAGCCCCCCGUACCCACCCUUAUUCCCCGAAGAUGGACGGGACCCGGACGCCUCGGGAUGAGAGGAGACGAGCCCAGCACAACGAAGUGGAGCGGCGGCGGCGAGACAAGAUCAACAACUGGAUCGUGCAGCUGUCAAAGAUCAUUCCAGACUGCAACACAGACAACAGCAAGACCGGAGCAAGCAAGGGCGGGAUCCUGUCAAAAGCCUGUGACUACAUCCGGGAACUUCGCCAGACCAGCCAGCGCCUGCAGGACACAUUUAAGGAGGCCGAGAGGCUGCAGGUGGACAACGACCUCCUGAGGCAGCAGAUCGAGGAGCUGAAGAACGAGAAUUCGCUGCUCCGGGCUCAGCUGCAGCAGCACGGACUGGACAUUGUGGGGGAGACGCCCCGCCAGUGACCCCUGACCCCGCUGAGACCCCAUGCACCUACCCUGAGAGGGAGGGGGUGUGACCCCCCCCCUUCCCCAGGCCCCUGCAUUUUUUAUAGUAGAUUUUUAACAAAAUCUGGGAGAGAGCACGUCUGUGGAUUCAGCCUCUGCCUCCAUCUGUCUGUCCGUCCAUCUGUCCGUCCAUCUCUGUCUGCCACCUCUCCCGUGCCCCCCACCGCUCCCAUCCUCUCUCUGAUCCUCAGCAGAGGAAGGGAGGCGUGUGAGGCCUGCCGGAUUCUGUACAUUCAGAGCUUCCCCCCCUUCCCUCCCCGCCCCCAACACAUCAGGCAAGGGCAGCAAACCUCCAUCCAGCUGAAUGGGGUUGGAGGGUGGGGAGGCUACGGGACUCUGGAGGGGGAGGGGUCAAAGAGCUGGGGGCUGCUCCCCUUUUUCCUCUCCAUGUGGCCUGGGGUGGGGGUGGAGCUGAGGGACCCGGGGAGGGGACGGGGGUCUGGCCUGCACCUCUCCAGCCUCCUUCCACCCACCUGUGUGUGUGUGUGUGUGUGUAUGUGUGGUGUGUGUGUGGUUUAUGAAUGAAAGAGAGAGUGAGUGAGUGAGAGAGAAAGGUAUUUAAACUGCAAUAAACUGGUCUCCACACAGCC